GCUGAUUGCUGAUCGUUGAUUAUGUUCUAACUAACGCAUUGUCUAUACUGCCUCAAUAUUACUUGUUCGUACACCUAGCCGUCGUGCCUAAACAACUAAUAUGUCCACUUUGCUUUUCCUUAGGUAGGUAUAUAUAGAAGUUGGCCCGCUUGUCAUACGGAGAUGCUCCAAGACAUCGAAACAAUCCUGUAUUCACCGUGUCUACUCGAGAAAAUAAACGUUCCUACGAUACCAACCUUUGUUACAUAUUUGUCCUCCUAGAAACCCAUUUCUUUACCAGUCAAGAUGCCAGCCCGAUUCCCAUUCAUACCUUUAUUGAAGACUGAGACUGAGACUAGCAAGUCUCAACCCGGCUGCCAACUCCUCGUCCAGAAACCAGGUGACCGCAGUAUCUGGGCGCUCGGAGCCAGCUACAUCCUAAAGCACCGGCCGUACCACUCGGGCUGUGAGAUCGAGAUUCAAAAUGCUGAAUUCGCCAGGAAGAGACUCGGGGAAAGGCAGGACAUGCCAUCGAUCCCUAAAACGGAACUACAUUGGAGGGACGGAGACAGGUACUUCGUCAUAGAGCGUCGUAUUGAGGGCGAAUCUCUUGACAAUGCUUUACCAAGGUUAACGCAGCAAGACCUCGCUCGAAUCGGCCAUCAGGUAGGUCAGUAUCUUCUUAAUUUCAAGACCAUCACUCAGUCACGUACAGCAAGGCUUGACGGACGGGUUGUCAACGACUGGCGUUUAUUCAAGCCGUUACCUGACUCGUCGUCUGGAGACUACUUGAUCUGCGCAACGGAUAGUGAUCUUGCCUCUAAUUUGGCGCUCUCGAUCGCACGUCGACUUGAUAAACCAAACCUCGACGCAUUCAUGGCUAAAAUGCCCUCUGGCCUGCCAUUUACCUUUAGUCAUUCCGAUGUGCACGAAGGAAAUAUCAUGGUUAAAGACGGCAACUUCGUCGGGCUUAUCGACUGGGAGUUGGCAGGUUUCUACCCGUCGUGGUGGGAAUAUAUAAAUAGCAGCCCGUUGUUGAGCGAACACUUCCCAGCCCAAAUCCGGAACCACGAUGCGCUAGAAUGGUUUCGCGUCUACCACGCGAUCCGAGAUCAAACUAAGGAGGAGGGCGCGUUAAGGUUGAGCGAAUAUCUCCAAGGGAGAGCUUGGAGUAGCGCGUAGUAUAAAAAAGUCGGGUACUUAACUAGGCCUGGUAAUCAAAAGGUACCAUCCUAGAGACACCUUCUCAGGUAGCCAGUUUGUGUUUAUUCAUAAUAUAUUUGAAUAGUCUCAGAUCCAAUUGCAGUCUCACAUUACUAAUAAAGUACCUAAGGUAU